GGAAUAAAAUUCAUGAGAGAGAACAACGUCUCCAUGGAAAGCAGUCUCAAGUGCAGUACAAUGUCGAAGGUAAGCUUCCGAGUGACUUUGCGUUGAAGGAGAUGUGUGACCGCUACCUGACAGACAAUGAGGGUCUUCGAUGGACUCAGGAUGAGUUGCUCGGAAUGUUGAAAAAGAAGGAGGAGGAAGUGAUUGCAUUGCGAAAUGCAUUUCGGAAAGUUGAGUUGAAUGCACGGGCAGUGGUCGAAAGUUUCAUUGAAACAAAACGAACUGAAGAGGUAAGAGAUUCUGCUGUAUCCGGUGAUGGCGUUUUGAAGAAGGAGGCGGAUGCUGCCGAGCAGAUGGACAGAGAGUUUAAGGAGUUAAUUCAAUCUUUUAUUAGAUACGAAUUGUUGGACAAUGUUUGUAAGCUUAGUACGAGAGUUAACCCGCAUUUUUCACAAGAGGUUCACCAUUUGCGUGGCCGAUUAGAAAAAGCGGAAAGUGGGAUAAGAAAUAUGUUGUUAAUGGGUGCCUUGCCGUCAAUUGAUCAUUCUUUUGCCUCGGACCUGUUUGAGAUUCCAUCGACUGGAACUUUGGAGGAGCUUCCGAAAACGCGUUUGAUUGUUAUGUUAGAAUCAUUACGGAUGGUCGGUGUGGAGCUGGUGCAUAGGAAUGCAUUGUUGGAGGUGCAAAGUGCGAUGAAGUUUCCGGUGAGUGAUAAUCAGUUGAGGGGAACAGUGAUUGCGCUUGGGGAUUUGUACAAGGAGACACAUGGAGAGUUAAUGAAUUCUAUAUUCAGGCAAAAUUUUGCCGAGCUAUGUGAGGAGGGACUCACAACUGCCAUGGUAAGAGGUUACAAAGAACAAUUAUACACUUUGAGAGUUUUGUUGGGGAAUGUCGUUACUGCUCAUUCUCCAACGAGGUUUAUGAAGGAGAUGGCGAAUGUUAAAAAGGAGUUGAAUGCUCUGGCGAGCAUCAACAUGAAACUUGAGACAAGAUUACCGGAAAUGGUGCUCGCCUUGAUAGAAGCACUAAGGCAUCCAUGUCCUUCGUGUCACUGGUUUAGCUAUAUGACAAGGGAGAAUUAUAAAGAGGUUAAUGAUUUGUCUGUUGUUAGACCUAUGUCUGACAAUGCGACGGACCUUUAUCCUGAUGCGGAUAUCAUUUUUAGUGAGCAGGAGGAGUUCGCAAUGGAAGAGAGGAGGAGACGACUUCGUGGAAAUGAUGAUGUAGAUGUGUAGUGAAAUUUGUGUUUGCUAUUAAAUAGGAAGUGGAUUACGUUAGACUAAAAGAAGUAAAAUGAACGGUUGAAG